AUCAUCAACACAAACUAGCUAGUGACUUGUUUGGCAUACACUGUUUGCUCCCGUUUUCCCCACACUUUUGCAACACCAAAGCAAUGGCCACCACACCAGCACUUUCUGGAACCAUGGUGAACCCCUCCUUCCUUAGUAGGAAGCCAGUGACCACGAGCCUAAAGUCAUUUCCCAACGUGGGUCAGGCUCUUUUUGGUGUUAAAGGUGGGCGGGGAGGUCGUGUCACUGCCAUGGCUUCUUACAAGGUGAAACUUAUCACCCCAGAAGGAACAAAAGAAUUUCAAUGCCCAGAUGAUACUUACAUUCUUGACCAGGCUGAGGAAUUAGGCUUUGACCUUCCCUACUCAUGCAGAGCUGGUUCUUGCUCUUCCUGUGCUGGCAAAGUUGUGCAGGGUGAAGUGGACCAGUCAGAUGGUAACUUCCUUGAUGAUGAUCAAAUAAGUGAUGGGUUUGUACUCACUUGCGUUGCUUAUCCUCGGUCAGAUAUUGUUCUUGAGACCCACAAGGAGGAAGAACUCGCUGGUAACCAUUUUUUUGUCUCUCCUUUUUUUAAAGAUAGUAAAACUUGACAAUUUGUUGAAGAAACAUGUUGAGCUUGGGUCCAUGCACGUUGAUGAUGACAUGAGAUGAGAUAAAUGAAAGGAUCUUAAGGUUGACAUGGAUCGUGGUGGUGACAUUAUCCAAAUCAGUCCAUACAAGGACAAUGAAGGCCAUAAGGAAAAGGAACCGAUUUUCUUACAUGGUGACUUGGAUAUGUUGAUAAUAGAAGCGAAGUCUCUUCCAAAUUUAGAUUUAUCCGGUGAAGCUGUUAGAAAAUGUAUGACUAUGGGCAACAUGUGCCAUCCUCCGUUUAUGAAAGGACGAAAGUCACACUCUGGAAAAGAGAAGAUGAUAACUAGUGACCCUUAUGUCUCUGUGUGCCUAGCUGGGGCUACCAUAGCUAGGACUAGAGUGAUUCCUAACUGUGAGAACCCUUUGUGGGAGGAGCAAUUUGUUGUGCCUGUUGCUCACCCUGCUCAAAAAGUGGAGUUCCUUGUGAAGGAUAAUGACAUUCUUGGGGCUGAACUCAUUGGAGUUGUGGAAAUACCUGUUCACAGGAUACUCCCAGGAAAUGUUAUUAAUGAUUGGUUUCCCAUCAUUGGUCAGUAUGGAAAUUGCUUAAAACCUUAUCCUGAGUUGCAUAUUUCUAUUCAGUAUAAGCCAAUUGGAAUAAAGCCGUCAGAAAGUGUCAGUUAUGAGGAUGGAACAGCUUGUUUAGGAGUUCCUAAUACAUAUUUCCCUCUCAGGAAAGGAGGGAGUGUGACUCUAUAUCAAGAUGCACAUUUGCCAGAUGGUAUGCUACCUGAGAUUCCACUGGAGGGUGGGAAAGUGUUUCAGCACAGUAAAUGUUGGGAGGAUAUAUGCCACGCAAUUUUGGAAGCUCAUCACUUGAUAUAUAUUAUAGGGUGGUCGAUUUAUCACCCAGUAAGGCUUGUUAGAGAGCCAACAAAACCAUUACCUUCUGGAGGAGAGCUUUCACUUGGAGAGCUGUUGAAAUACAAGUCACAAGAAGGGCUCCGAGUGGUUAUGCUGAUUUGGGAUGACAGAACUUCACAUGACAAGUUUCUUUUGAAAACUGUAAUUCUCAUUACCCUGAUGAGAAAAUUAAGAAUGAUAACUAUUGAGAAGUUUGUGUUGAUUUUCCCAUCAAAUUCUAGAUGGUGUCAUGCAGACUCACGAUGAAGAAACCAAAAAGUUUUUUAAACAUUCCACGGUUCAUUGUGUGCUAUCUCCACGUUAUGCAAGCAAUAAGCUCAGCAUUUUCAAGCAACAGGUUGUGGGAACCCUCUUUACACAUCAUCAGAAAUGUGUGCUUGUAGACACUCAAGCUUCUGGGAAUAAUCGUAAAAUAACAGCUUUUAUUGGUGGUUUAGAUCUAUGCGAUGGCAGAUAUGAUACACCAGAGCAUCGGCUUUUUUGUGAUCAAGAUACAGUCUUUCAUAAUGAUUUUCAUAAUCCUACAUUUCAAAUAAACUCUGGUGGACCAAGGCAACCAUGGCAUGACUUACAUUGCAAAAUUGAUGGUCCAGCAGCAUAUGAUAUAUUGACCAACUUUGAGCAAAGAUGGAGGAAGGCCAAAAAAUGGCGUGAUUUUCGGCUCAAAAAGGUGACAAAUUGGCACGAUGAUGCUUUGCUUAGGCUAGAUCGUAUUUCAUGGAUUCUCAAACCAUCUUUUGGUCCUGAUGGUGAUGAAGCUGUUCAUAUAACUGAUCCAAAUGAUCCUGAGAGUUGGAAUGUGCAGGUAUGGAAAUAUGUUGAUAUUUGCUCGUGUUUGGUCAGCUUAUCUUGAAGAAACAGUCGCUUAUUUCCUUUAAAUCCAAACAUGCACAAAAUCCAAUAAAAAUUAUGAACUAGCAUUAAAUACAGGUAUUUAGGUCCAUAGAUUCUGGAUCUGUAAAGGGCUUUCCAAAGGACUUUGACAAAGCUAAGGCUCAGGUGAGAACAAGAAUCUUUUAUGUGGAAAAAAUUUGAAAGUAGAUCAAAGCAUUCAUACUGCUUAUGUAAAAGCAAUAAGAUCGGCUCAGCACUUCAUAUAUAUUGAGAAUCAAUAUUUUUUGGGAUCCUCAUAUCAUUGGCCUUCAUAUAAAAAUGCAGGUGCAAAUCACUUGAUUCCCAUGGAGUUGGCUUUGAAAAUUGCUAGUAAGAUCUACGCAGAUGAACGUUUUUCUGUAUAUAUAGUUAUACCGAUGUGGCCGGAGGGUGUUCCAACAAGUGCUGCUGUUCAAGAAAUCUUGUUCUGGCAGGGACAGACAAUGUCUAUGAUGUACAUGAUUAUUGCUGAUGCCCUUAGAAAAGCAGGGCUAUCAGAUCAGUAUCAUCCACAAGAUUAUCUCAAUUUUUACUGCCUUGGAAAGAGAGAACCUCAAUGCUCAGAAAGUCCACCUACACAAAAUCAAUCUUCUGAAAAUCGUUCUUUGGUAUCAGUUAAAAAAUUCAGACGUUUCAUGAUUUAUGUUCAUGCCAAAGGAAUGAUUGUUGAUGACGAAUACGUAAUCAUUGGAUCAGCAAAUAUCAACCAGAGAUCAUUAGACGGUUCAAGAGACACUGAAAUAGCUAUGGGUGCUUAUCAACCAAAAUAUACGUUUAAACAAAAGAAUUCUCAUCCACGUGGCCAGGUUUAUGGAUACCGAAUGUCACUGUGGGCUGAGCACCUUGGUAGUCUUGAUGGCAUUUUUGGUGAACCUCAUAGCCUUGAAUGUGUUAGAUAUGUCAACAAAAUUGCCAGACAAAACUGGGAAAUAUAUGUGUCUGAGGAAAAUAAUCAAAUGAGGGGACACUUGAUGCAGUAUCCAGUUAAGGUCUGCAAGACUGGAAAAGUAACUGCACUGGAUGAUUAUGAGUGCUUUCCUGAUGUUGGUGGCAAAAUUCUUGGAUCAGCCAAUUCACUUCCGGAUGCACUGACCACAUGAUUAACCAAAGUAAGUUUUAGAGAUAAAAUUCGCCAACAGAUAGCUGCUACCAAUUUCAGCUCAACAAAAUAGGUCAUUAUCAAUGGUAAAGCCAAUUUAGACUCUUAAAAAUCACCUUUAGAAACAUAAUAUGUAACAUUAUGGAAUGAUUACCCUUUUUGUAUGUAAAUUUCUGUAUUUGAUAGUGAGUGAAUAAGCCUCAGAGGAUCCUCCUUCCUUUCCUAUAGCAAUUUAAUAUUGUAUAUUUUGACAAUUAGAAGAAAAGAAGCUAUACCAAAACCAUACAAAAAAGUUUCAUGUUUG